CUAUCUCAGCGCACUCUCCCUCAACUUUCCGUCACGAACUGCCACACUAUCACUAAAACCCCAUUCCGAGUCCAUCACUCUCACCCUGAAUCAUUGAAAUUCAAUCCUUAAUCCACUUAAGCUGCAUUGCACUCGUCCUAGCUCGCCAUCUCUCUGAAAAUGGAAGGCAAGAUGUGCUGAUAGCAAAUAAUACAUCACCUCCUUAACCUAAACAAGAUAACAAAUCACGUUACUCGUCGUUGUCUCUUAUUUAGGGAGAUACUCCGCUUCUAAUUUACAAUUAAUUCGACUGCCGCCGCUAAUUGAUGAUAGCAAAUGUGUGCAAAUUAUUACAUUAUUAUUCAAAUCCUGCGUUUGUUCAGCGUUUAACACUUUGUCCGUUUAUAAUGGGAUUACAUAUAACUAAAUAAAUCAGUUAAGUGGUAAGUGCUCCUUAACAAUGGACUCACCAGCGGAAGCCAACGACAGAAAAUCGCUGAUAACGUCUGGACACCCCUACGGGACGCCCGAGUUGACGCCGGGGAUUUACUACUACCCCAAAACACCCACCUCGCCAACACCCAGCAGGAAGUCCUUCCGGCCCGGAGCCGUCCGCAAAAUCCGGCGCCGCGCCAUCUUCAAGAACGGCGACUGCAACAUCGCCCACUCCGGGGUCUCCCGCAGGGGUCUGCGUUACCUGCAGGACAUCUUCACCACUCUGGUGGACAUCCAGUGGCGAUGGACCCUCAUGAUCUUCGCCCUCGCUUUCUUCGUGUCUUGGUUGGCUUUCGCCCUGAUUUGGUGGCUGAUCAUGUUCACCCAUGGUGACCUGGAAGACGAGCACUUACCCAUGAACCAGGCCGAGUCGGGCUGGACCCCCUGCGUCCUGGGCAUCCACAGCUUCACCUCGUGCUACCUCUUCAGUAUCGAGACCCAGCACACCAUCGGGUACGGGGUGCGCACCACCACGGAGGAGUGCCCCGAGGCCAUUUUCAUCAUGUCGAUGCAGAGCAUCAUCGGGAUGAUGAUCCAGGCCUUCAUGGUGGGGAUCGUCUUCGCCAAGAUGACGAGGCCGAAGCUGCGGACGCAGACGCUGCUGUUCUCGAGGAACGCGGUGAUCUGCCAGAGGGAAGGGCAUUUGUGUUUGAUGUUCAGGGUUGGGGAUUUGAGGAAGACGCACAUCAUUGGGGCGAGUGUGAGGGCGCAGCUGAUUAGGUCCAGGAAGACGAAGGAAGGGGAGGUUAUGACCAAUUAUCAGACGGAGUUGAGUGUGGCGGCGGAUGGGUGCGAUAAUAAUUUGUUCUUUAUUUGGCCCAUGACCAUUGUGCAUGUUAUUGACGAAGAGUCGCCGCUGUACCAUCUGUCGGCGAGUGAUAUGCUCCAGGAUAGGUUCGAGGUGGUGGUGAUUCUGGAGGGGACGGUGGAGAGCACGGGACAGACGACGCAGGCCAGGUCCAGCUAUCUGGCUACGGAGAUCCUCUGGGGCCACCGCUUCGAGCCCCUCGUCUCCUACAACAAAGACCGCCAGGGCUACGAAGUCAACUACUCGAAAUUCGACAACACCUUCGCCGUAGACACCCCUCUAUGCUCCGGUGCCGAACUAGCCGAAUUUUACAAACUACAAGAUGUACCUGAGGGCUCCAAGCCGCCGGGGAAGCGGCUGGAGGAAAGGGUUUUGCGGCCGCCCCCGAUUUUGAGGGACAGGAACCACAACCACCAGCCGGCUAGGACCAAUUACUCGUAUCAGGGAUACGACGAAGACGACCUGCUCGAAGUGAAUUCGAGCUAUGUGUAAUUGUUUAGCGGCGAUUUGUUAACUUGUUGUUGACAUAAGUUAUACUAAGUUGCUGUUUUUCUCGCGGUUUGUGCUCGGAUGAAUUUAUUAUUUAAUUAUCGUGUUUGCGAAAUUCGGUUCGUAGUGUUUGUCUUCACAUGUGGCAGUCGGUUAAAAAUUAAAAUUGUCAAUGCAUUCUGUGAGCAAAUAAGCUGUGGAAGGUACAGUUUAUGACAUGAGGAGAAAAUUUCCUGUAGAAGUUACAUUUGUGAUAAAUAAAAUAAAUUAAAUGGUU